UCAUAAUAUUUUUCAAAGGACGCAACGGCUUUGCGCGGCUAACCUCAUCAUUCACAAGCUUAUUUUUGUUGUUGUUUGUCGUGGUUGUGUUUUGUGUGGAGCGAUAUUUCUUUUAUAGAUUUUCUGUUUAUUAUUUGCACAAAUGGAUAAAUCGAAGAAAAAGCCUCCAAAUCGACAUGAUUUGCCAAAUUUAAUAGAACAUGUUCCCGCAGAACAUAAGGAUUAUGUGAAAGAUUUGUGCCUCAAAAUGUUGCAACAUCCUGCAUAUGGACAACCCUAUGAAUGGUCAACGCGUGAUUUCGAAAUGGGUGCUCCCUUGGGUCGUGGUAAAUUCGGCCGUGUAUAUUUGGCCCGUGAACGAACCAGCCAUUAUAUGGUGGCAAUGAAGGUUUUGUUUAAAGCAGAGCUGCAAAAGGGCAAUGUGCAGCGGCAAGUCUUGAGAGAAAUUGAAAUUCAAUCGCGUCUAAAACAUCCACAUAUCUUGCGCCUACUUACAUGGUUUCAUGAUGAAACUCGUAUUUAUCUUGCUUUAGAGUUGGCAUCACAGGGAGAACUGUUUAAGAUAUUGCGACGCUCACCGAAUUGUAGAUUUGAUGAACCACGAGCAGCUAAAUACACAUACCAAGUGGCAGAUGCUCUACACUACUGCCACUUGAAUAAUGUCAUACAUCGGGACUUGAAGCCAGAAAAUAUUUUGUUAACCGCUGCGGACGAUGUGAAAUUGGCUGACUUUGGAUGGUCGGCUCACACCAUUUCAAAUAAACGCAAGACACUUUGUGGAACUUUAGAUUAUUUACCUCCUGAAAUGGUCGAUGGCCGUACUUAUGAUGAUUCGGUUGAUCAGUGGUGCUUGGGGAUUUUAUGCUACGAGUUCUUGACUGGUGGCCCACCAUUCGAGUCAAACGAUACCGACAUGACUUAUGAUAAAAUUCGACGUUUGGCAGUUCACUACCCAUCAUAUUUGUCAUCAGGCGCCAAAGAUGUUAUAGCAAAUUUGUUGAGAAAAACUGGUAGUUCUCGAAUCACUUUAGUAGACGUCAUGCAACAUCCAUGGGUUAAGAAGAAUAUGGAAAAGCGCAAUAAGCAGUUGGCCGACAUGGAUAGACUGGAGGCAUAAUUGUCAAUCGUUUUAAAUGCGUUUUUACAUCUUCUAUUUUCUUGUUUUAUUGUAAUGUGAAUAAGCCUGUAACAUUAAAUUAAAUAAUUUUAUUUUAUGGCAUUAUGGAA